AUGGCUAAACGGAGAUUACGCAGCAUUGAGAACAGGUUCAAGGCAGAUCCCAAGUUCAAAGAAGAUUACACUGCCUUCAUGGAAACACUGUUGGAGAGAGGUCAUGCGGAACCAGCACCUGUGGGAUUUGACAAAGGAAAGGUCUGGUACAUUCCUCAUCUUGGUGUAUACCACAAGAAAAAGAACAAGAUUCGAGUGGUGUUUGAUUGCUCUGCGCGAUAUCAAGGUGUCUCCCUUAACGACAACUUACUCCAGGGACCUGACCUUACAAACAAUCUUCUUGGUGUGUUGAUGCGAUUCCGGGAGGAACCAGUGGCUGUCAUUGGAGACAUUGAAGCGAUGUUCUAUCAGGUGAAGGUCCCAGUAAAUGAAAGAGACUAUCUGCGAUUUUACUGGUGGCCCAACGGGAAUACUGCGAAUGAGCCAAGGAGCUACAGGAUGACGGUUCACCUGUUUGGAGCCUCAUCAUCUCCCAGUGUUUGCAACUUUGCUCUUCAGAAAACUGCAGAGGACAGUCAAGAACGGUUUCCCCAAGAAGUUCAGGACACACUGAAAAGAAAUAUGUAUGUCGAUGACUGUCUGACCUCCGUUGCUACAGAGAAGAAGGCGAUUAGUCUUAUACAUGAUGUGACUCAAAUGUGUAAAUCCGGAGGAUUCCGACUUACCAAAUGGACGAGUAACAGUGAUGAGGUUGUGGAAUCUAUUCCAGAGGGUGAUCGUGCCCAAGAAGUCAAGUUGUGGAGUCUGGAUAGUAAGCCACCUAUCGAAAGAGCUCUCGGAGUUUAUUGGUUCAUGGAGAAUGACUCCCUUGGAUUCCAAAUUCAGAUGAAAGACAAGCCCGUUACUAGAAGAGGUAUUCUAUCAGUAACCAGCUCAGUGUACGAUCCUUUAGGAAUUGCAUCCCCGUUUGUUCUUAAGGCCAAGUCAAUUCUGCAAAGACUUUGUAGGGAUGGUAAGGGAUGGGAUGAGGAGAUCACAGGAAAAGAUCUGAAGGACUGGACCGAUUGGUUGCUUCAGCUACCUGAACUAGAGCAUGUUACCAUUGAUCGGUGUUACAAAGGGAAAAACCUCGGCAAGGUAACCUCCUGUCAACUUCAUGGUUUCGCAGAUGCAAGUGACAUUGGAUAUGGAAUGGUAUUCUAUCUUCGACUCGUUGAUGUAACCGGAAAGAUCCACUGCUCGUUCUUGUUCGGGAAGGCGAGAGUCGCACCACUGAAGGCAGUGACUAUACCCCGGAUGGAACUUACAGCAGCCUCUUCUCUAGUGAAGUUGGGCAGGAUGGUGACAGAACAGCUGAAUUACAACAUAGAUCGAUUCAUCUUUUGGACUGACAGCACUUCAGUCUUAAGGUAUAUCGCAAACAAGAAUUUGCGCUUCCACACGUUCGUAGCUAACCGCAUUGCUCUUAUCCACGAAGCUACGUCGGAAGAUGACUGGUAUUACAUCAACACUAAGGAGAAUCCAGCUGAUGUUGCAUCAAGAGGAACGAGCAUUUCGAAGUUGCCUGACUCGUGGACUCGUGGACCAAUGUUCCUCUGGAAAUCCGAACGUGAAUGGCCCGUUGUGGAAAAGGAUGUUCAGAUCACGGAUAAAGAGAAUGAUCCUGAAAUAAGGACGACUGCGUGCGUUACAUCAGUUGUUUUAGACACAAACAGUGGUGUCGAAAAUCUUUUCGACUAUUACUCCAACUUUAAUAAGCUUAGGAGAGCUACUGGAUGGCUUAUGAGAGCUAUGGACAACCUGCAGGGAGCUGUUGAGAGGAGCCGGCAGAUAAAACAGGACAUCAGCAGUUCAGAAUCUGAUCCUGUGAAACGCGACCAGAAAAUAAAGUUAGCAUUGUCGAAAGAGAGACAGGAUAGACUUCUCAAAGGACAGAAAAACCUUCGUACAGCGUGCCGGUCUGUGGAUAUUCUGGAACGAGCUGAAGCCGCGUUGAUUAAGUAUGAGCAACGAAAGUACUUCGCAGCCGAAAGCAAGAUCCUUCACCAGGACAAGGGUGUUCAGUCGCGAAAACUCAAGAAGACUUCGAAAUUAUUCAAGAUGGACCUCUUUGUUAAAGAUGGUGUCAUUCGCGUAGGAGGUCGUCUUGAAAGAGCUGCAAGGACGCCAGAAAUGGAUGAAGAAACGACGUAA